AGCUUCUGGUGCUGCAGGUGGCUGAUGUCGCCCUCUACUGGCGCCUCCGCAGUCACGUGAUCGCUGGCACGCUUCUACCUGGCGCUGCGUGACGUCACCGCGCAGGAAACGGAACUGGCGAUCGAGGUGAGUCCACAAGUCUCCGGUAAAUACAGGAAUGUCACUAAACCUACUUUAAACCGGAUCCGGUGAUUUCUAAGCGUUGAGCAUGUCUGCGUCAGCCGUGUUCGUGCUGGAUCUGAAGGGGAAGGUGCUGAUAUGCCGCAACUAUAAAGGCGAUGUUGACAUGUCAGAGAUCGACCACUUCUUCACCCUGCUAAUGCAACAGGAAGAGGAGGGGCUUGUCUGCCCAGUGAUGUCACACGGCAACGUCCACUUCCUGUGGAUCAAACACAGCAAUCUCUACUUGGUGGCCACCACCAACAAGAACUCCAAUGCGUCUCUGGUCUACGCCUUCCUGUACAAGCUGGUGGAGGUGUUCACGGAGUACUUCAAGGAGCUGGAGGAGGAGAGCAUCCAGGAUAACUUCGUGUUGUGCAGGAUGAGGGUCGGGCCUGCAAAUGUGUGUGUGUGCUUGUGUGCGUGUGCGCGUGUGUGCGUGCAUGCGUGUGUGUGUGCAGGAGACAAAGGGAAGUCGGUGGCUAUGGAGGAUGUGAAGUUUCAUCAGUGUGUUCGUCUGUCCCGGUUCGAGAGCGACAGAACCAUCUCCUUCAUCCCGCCUGACGGAGAGUCUGAGCUCAUGUCGUACCGGAUCAACACACACGUGAAGCCGCUCAUUUGGAUCGAGUCUGUUAUUGAGAAGUUCUCUCACAGUCGGGUGGAGAUCAUGGUGAAGGCUAAAGGCCAGUUUAAAAAGCAGUCCGUGGCCAAUAAUGUGGAGAUCUACGUGCCGGUGCCGAGCGAUGCCGACUCUCCCAAGUUCAAAACCAGCACAGGUCACGCUAAAUACGUUCCUGAGAAGAACCUGGUGGUGUGGAGCAUUAAGUCCUUCCCGGGUGGAAAGGAGUUUCUGAUGCGCGCUCACUUCAGUCUGCCGAGUGUGGAGAAUCACGAGCUGGAGGGUAGGCCUCCGAUCACCGUCAAGUUUGAGAUCCCGUACUACACCGUGUCCGGCAUACAGGUGCGAUACAUGAAGAUCAUUGAGAAGAGCGGCUAUCAGGCGCUGCCGUGGGUCCGCUACAUCACACAGAGCGGAGAUUACCAGCUGAGGACAAACAGCUAAUGAGACGCAUGAGGACUGCACAGCAAGUUUUUAGAGGAAGUUUAUGAAAUGGUUUUUGUUGAUUUUAUCCUGCCAGAAUUUCAUUAGAAAAAAAGAUUAUUGUAUAAAUUGUUGGUUGAAUGUAAGCAGACUCAGCAUUUCAAUCACAAUGUAUUUUCAAGUGCUUUUUGCACCAAAUCAUGGAACAUGUUGUCAAUCAUUUCUGUUUAAUAAUAAAAUUUAAUAUAUUUGUCCUGAAAUUACUUAUAUA